AUGACGUUCAUAUUCCCUGAAAGGCUUGGUCCAGAAAGGCCCGGCACUAUGACGUUCAUAUUCCCUAAAAUUCUUGGUCCAAAAAGGCCCGGCACCAUGACGUCCAUAUUCCUUAAAAGACUUGGUCCAGAAAGGCCCGGCACAAUGACGUCCAUAUUUUCUGAAAGGCUUGGUCCAGAAAGUCCCGGCACCAUGACGUCCAUAUUCCCUAAAUGGCUAGGUCCAGAAAGGCCCGGCAUCAUGACGUCCUUAUUUUCUGAAAGGCUAGGUCCAGAAAGUCCCGGCACCAUGACGUCCAUAUUCCCUAAAUGGCUAGGUCCAGAAAGUCCCGGCACCAUGACGUCCAUAUUCCCUAAAUGGCAAGGUCCAGAAAGUCCCGGCACCAUGACGUCCAUAUUCCUUGAAAGACUUGGUCCAGAAAGGCAAGGCAUCAUGACAUCCAUAUUCCCUGAAAGACUUGGUCCUGAAAGGCCCGGCACCAUGACGUCAAUAUUCCCUGAAAGACUUGGUCCAGAAAGGCCCGGCACCAUGACGUUUAUAUUUCCUGAAAGGCUUGGUCCAGAAAGGCCCGGCACCAUGAAGUUCAUAUUCACUGAAAGGCUUGGUCCAGAAAGGCCCGGCACCAUGAAGUUCAUAUUCCCUGAAAGGCUUGGUCCAGAAAGGCCUUGCACCAUGACGUCCAUAUUUUCUGAAAGGCUUGGUCAAGAAAGGCCCGGCACCAUGACGUCCAUAUUCCCUGAAAGGCUUGGUCCAGAAAGGCCCGGCACCAUGAAGUUCAUAUUCCCUGAAAGGCUUGGUCCAGAAAGGCCCGGCACCAUGACGUCCAUAUUUUCUGAAAGGCUUGGUCAAGAAAGGCCCGGCACAAUGAAGUUCAUAUUCCCUGAAAGGCUUGGUCCAGAAAGGCCCGGCACCAUGACGUCCAUAUUCCCUGAAAGACUUGGUCCAGAAAGGCCCGGCACCAUGACGUUUAUAUUUCCUGAAAGGCUUGGUCCAGAAAGGCCCGGCACCAUGAAGUUCAUAUUCCCUGAAAGGCUUGGUCCAGAAAGGCCCGGCACCAUGAAGUUCAUAUUCCCUGAAAGGCUUGGUCCAGAAAUGCCUUGCACCAUGACGUCCAUAUUCCCUGAAAGGCUUGGUCCAGAAAGGCAAGGCACCAUGACGUCCAUAUUCCCUGAAAGGCUUGGUCCAGAAAUGCCUUGCACCAUGACGUCCAUAUUCCCUGAAAGACUUGGUCCAGAAAGGCCCGGCACCAUGACGUUUAUAUUUCCUGAAAGGCUUGGUCCAGAAAGGCCCGGCACCAUGACGUCCAUAUUCCCUGAAAGGCUUGGUCCAGAAAGGCCCGGCACCAUGAAGUUCAUAUUCCCUGAAAGGCUUGGUCCAGAAAUGCUUUGCACCAUGACGUCCAUAUUCCCUGAAAGGCUUGGUCCAGAAAGGCCCGGCACCAUGAAGUUCAUAUUCCCCGAAAGGCUUGGUCCAGAAAGUCCCGGCACCAUGACGUCCAUAUUCCCUGAAAGACUUGGUCGAGAAAGUGCAGGCCCGGCACCAUGA